AUGGACCGCGGUGCGGCCUACCUCGCCCACGGCUGCGCGCGAGACCUCCCGGUCGCAGUGGAGCUCUGGCAAGCCCUACUCCCGCGCCGGAAAGGGGAAAAGGCGACGGCGGAUACGGCCCGUAUCGCGAGGGAGUGCGGGCGCCUUUUGCACUACCUACGACGCCCCCUCGCGAAGGAGGUGCUGGAGGCCGCGUGCGCCUACAGCAUUGAGGUUCAUGGCCGGCACUCCGUGGAGCGGGCCCUGGUGAUGGGCUGCCUAGCGCCCUAUUUGGACCUCACCGACGCCUCCGUCGAGGCGAUUGAGGAGUGCGUUGUCAUACUGGACGAUAAACUGUCCUCGAUGGAGGUGGUGCUAAGCAAGGAGGAGACCAAAAUGUUGCUCGAGACCGUAUUCGUGUUGACUAUGUGCAAAGGUCAAAUACUGACGGAAAUGGGCAAGAAGACCCCGGAGUCUAUAUGGAGCUUGUUGGAAAAUACUGAGGCACGACUAAAGCAGUUAAACUGA